AUGGACAAAAUGGGUCUCAAUGCAUGGCUAUGGGAUGGUCAUAAAGAUGCAGAAUCAAGAUCGAGAACCAAAGUGGGAAGCCCUGUCUCUCCAAACUGGCCAAAAGCAAAGCUCACACCACCCAGUCGGAAAACAUCUUGGCAAGAAGACCUGUUGAGAGAAAAGGAAAGCUCAUCUGACUGGCAUGGUAUAAAAGAUGAAGUUAAAGAAAAGCGUUCAUCGUCAUCUCUCACACCGCCUUCCAACCUUGUUAGUUCAGAUGGAUCGCCCCAUACUCCGUCAUCCAUAGUUACUAUUCGGAGCUGCAGAACUGUCUUUAACUUUGAACCAGAGGUAUGCCGUCGUGCAUCAGGAGUUGACUGUGAAAUGAGCUACCCACUGUUAUCACCACCUCCAAAGAGCAGUACAGAUUUCCGAUGGUUCAAUAAUGAAGAAAACGGGCGAACACCAUAUAAUGCAAAAAAGCAUAUGGGACAUCACCACCACCAUCAUCAUUACCACCAUAAUCACCACAGUAAUUAUGGGGUGAUUGUUUCUGAAAGAAAGGAACCAAUUUCAGCAGUACCAAAUAUGAUCAGUAAAUCGCCAAGUACAGUUGAUUUACACUUUGAAUUCCAUUUUCUAGUAAUUGCUUUUUUGGCAGAAACCAGAAUUAAGCUUAACUAA